AUGCAAUUGUGUGAUUUGAAUCAAGCUGCCGUGAACUCCAUGAUGAACAACAUGUGGAAGAAGCGGAGGGAACAGAGAAAGAAAGAAAUUCAAGAGGCCAAAGAAGCCGAUUCGCCGACCAAAAGUGACCCGAACAAGAGUGACCCUGCGGUGAGUUUUGUAAAGAAAGUUUUUGCCAUUUCUUGUUUUGUUAACAAAGUUUCUGCCAUUUCUAGUUUUGUAAAGAAAGUUUUUGCUAUUUUUUGGUUUGUAAAGGAAGUUCUUGCCGGUUUUUGUUUUGUAAAGAAAGUUCUUGGAUUUUUUUUAUUUGUAAAGAAAGUUCUUGCCAGUUUAUAAUUUGUAAAGAAAGUUCUUGCUAUUUUUGUUUUGUGAACAAAUUUCUUGCCGGUUUUCGUUUUGUAAAGAAAGUUCUUGCACUUUCAAUCAUUAUUUGCUUUCAGCCGCAGAUCCAGACUGGAGUGAACAUGAAAUUAUGUUUUGACAAUCCCAAACCCAAUCCUCCACCACCUUCUUCAGCCUCAUAA